CGAAGUAAUUAAGGUUAAUGAGGUCAUAGGGCGGGUCUGGAUCUGAUAGGAUUAGUGUCCAUACAGAGAGACACACCAGAGAGCAAGCUUUCUCUCUCUCUUUCCCUUUGCUCUCACCAAGGAGAGGCCAUGUGAGCACACACCAAGAAGGUGGCUCUCUGUAAGCCAGAAAGAGAGUUCUCACCAGAAACUGACCAUAAUGGCACCUUCAUCUCGGACUUCCAGCCUCCAGAACGUCAAGAAAAUAAACAUCUGUGGUUUAAGCCACCCGGUGUGUGGAUUUUUUUAUGGCAGCCUGAGCAGAUAGCAAGUGCAAACCAGGAUACCUUAGGAAUAUAAGCACACUGGAGAUGUGCAUGCCUGGAGUACUUAUGCACAGAAGUGUGCGCAGACACACAGACACACACACACCACUUAUCCCAGUAUUCUUCUUUGUCUCUCUUUUGGGAGAAAAUUCACUUCCAUUCUCAGCAUAUGUAUACAUAAUCCCAGCAAUUAAACAAGUUUCCAGUGUUCUAUAGAUAAAAAUAAUUGAAAGAUGUCCGUUAGUCUCUCCAGGGGAUGAGUGACCACACCCUAAACACUUAAUCCAAUCAAGUGCUUCUAGUUGAUUGGUGGAUACUGUACCUGAUCAAGUGGCUGGAGGGAGCCAUAAAAGGGCUGAGGAGAUGGCCAGCUGUGUCAUUUGGAGACUGUCUCAGGGAGCAAAGUAUCCUUCUGCAACCUGAGGUGCCAGAUGAGAAAUUUUGUGAACGUUGCUUCCAGAGGCAUGGAGCCUGCUUCUCUCCACUCCAGGGAUGAGUCUCAGUUCAAUGUCUUUCCAACACUCAGACCUUCUUGGUCAAGUGCAAGUGGUGCUGAGGCCCACUGGGGACUCUCUCUAAUUGAGAAGCCAUCGCCAUUAUCACAAGAAGUUUGCAACCUGCAGGAUGGUUUUGCCCCUGUGUCGACAGGGCCGGCUCCCGCAAAGAAACGUCUUCUGAGUUGGAAGAGACCUUAUGUGGUUGGCGCUGGGCUUCAGAAUAUGGGGAACACCUGCUAUGUGAAUGCAGCACUGCAGUGUCUGACAUACACACCACCCCUGGCCAGCUAUAUGCUGUCCCAGCAGCACUCGAAAACCUGUCAGAAUCAGAGAUUCUGCACACUGUGUGCAAUGCAAGUUCACAUUACCCGGGCCCUCUACCACCCUGGAGAUGUUAUUCAGCCCCUGCCGGAACUGGUUACUGGCUUCCACAGACGCCGGCAAGAAGACGCUCAUGAAUUUCUGAUGUUCACUCUGGAUGCCAUGCAGCAAGCAUGCUUGAGUGAGUACAAGCAGGUAGACGGUCACUCAGAUAACACCCUAGUCCGUCAAAUAUUUGGAGGGUACUGGAGAUCUCAAAUCCAAUGUCUCCACUGCCAUGGUGUUUCAGACACUUUUGACCCUUACCUGGACGUUACCCUGGAUAUCAAGGCAGCUCUGAGUGUGAACCAAGCCUUGGAACAGUUGGUGAAGCCUGAAAAGCUGGAUGGUGAAAAUUCGUAUCAUUGUAGUAUGUGUCUAAAGAAGGUGCCUGCUUCCAAGACGUUGACUUUGCAUACUUCCUCCAAGGUCCUUAUGCUUUUACUGAAACGGUUCUCAAAUUUCACAGGCAGCAAAAUGCCGAAGGAUGUGCAGUAUCCUGAGUAUCUUGACAUGCAACAAUACAUGUCUCAGCAGAAUUCAGGACCUCUCCUUUAUGUACUCUAUGCCGUGCUGGUCCAUGCUGGGUGGAGUUGUCACAAUGGACACUACUUCUGUUAUAUAAAAGCUGGAAAUGGUCAGUGGUAUAAAAUGGAUGAUGCUAAGGUCACCGCCUGUGACGUUACUUCUGCCCUGAGCCAAUGUGCCUAUGUCCUCUUUUACAUCCAGAAGAGUGAAUUAGAAAGAGACAGUGGGAGUGUGUUUAUAGAUGGGAAACCAAGAUCCCUCGUGGCUGACCACCCAACCAUGGUUGCAGCCAAAUGGGAGCCUGAAAGAGACUCCAGCGUCAGAGUUCCUGAGUCGGAGAAGCACAUGGGAGAUACAUCAGUCAAACAAAUCACCUUAGACCAGUGGAGAUCCCUCCAAGAACACAAGCGACUGAAGCCUGAAUUCAACCUCAGGAGGAUAGAUUCUGCCCUGCCUGCCCAUGCAGUUGUGAUUCAUCGGUCGAAAUACAGAGAUAGGAUGAGGAAGAAUCAACCUGAACAGGAAAACUACCGCCUCAACAAUUCAGCUAGGGGCAGCCCAGCUCAGGGGGCAAUGAACAUGGGCAAAGUCCUUUGUCUCGGAGGGAGAGCCAGAGCUACCAAGAGGAAAAACAAGCAGGGGCAGAGGUCUCUGGAUGCAUUCCAGCAGUCUCGGUACAGGCUUUGAUGAACAUGCCCCACCCCCAACACACAAACACACGCGCUCACUCAGGCAUGUACAGGAAAUAUUGUGUGCUGUAGGUGUGAGUAAUCUAGACAUGUGGAAGGACUGUCUGUCUGGGUGUGCUCAUGGGAUACAGCAUUUGUGUGAACUUGUGAAUACUGACUUUGAGGUGUAGCUGUCCACAGUGAUGUUAUUGGAAAAGGCUGAAUUUAUUACUGGGUCUGAGGGCUUUCCAGUUGUGCUGUAUUUGAAGAGUCAUUUGCUGAUGGGGGGUGGGAUGUUUGAAGUUUUGCAGUGUGGGAUACCUGUAAAUCACUUUGGUGGCUGUCAAAUAGUGAAUUUGGAGUGCAUUUGAGAGACAUGGAGAACGAUGUUUAUUUUACCUCAUAUUUUCCACUAAAUGUACUUGGCAGAUAUUACACAUAUUUUGGGGUUGUCAAAAUAAGCCCAAUGCAGUGUUUUUGGGGGGUAAGGAGCUGGGCAAGCUCCGUAGUUUUGGAGAUGACGCAUUUUUUUGUUUUGGUUUGGUUUUUGUUAUUAUUAUUAUUAUGGGUUAGUGAACAUGAGGCUUUCUGAAUAUAGAUUCUGUGGUUUAUAUGUGUUGGGGGUGUAUGGGGUAAGUGUGUACAUUUGAGGAUGUGGGUGUUUGUGCAUAUUUUCUGGCUUUGGAUAGACUGGGAUUGUGCAUUGGGAGAGAGUUUGUGUUUUAAACAAAUUCAGAGAAGAGCGGAGUGUGUGUUUGUGUUCUGUGUGAAGACAGUAUUUGGAUGCACAGAGUUUUGCGGUUAGAGUGUAGGUAAAUGUUUAUUUGGAAAUUAGGGGCAAAAAUCUUCUGUCUUGAUGGAAGUUUUAUGGAGAUGAAAAUGUCUUAAGGAUAAAAUAAUAUAAAACAAAAUGCUUCAGAAAUAUGUUUUUCCUAUGUUUUUGCUACAUAGUAUUAAUAUCUUUUAAAGUUGUCCUGACUGCCGCCUCUGUCAUCAAAAGUUACCUGCCAGCUUUCUUUAAAUAAAUAUCGAAGUUCACACCAAGGGAUUCCCUCAGACAUGUGUAGGCACAGUCCCUCCAGUGCUUGCAUGGCCAAGGGUGUCCUGGGGAGGAUGCCCUUACCUGUCUGAAGCUCUUAACGUUAAUGUUUACAUGUGGUCUCCAAGGGCCAGGAACAUCUUGGGCUGGCGUUGAUGACCCAGGGAAGGCAUCCUCACCCCACCAGAACCACCAGCAUUCUCUGAGAAUAAUUGAAGACACAGGACCUGUUCUCAUUUUCCUACAAAUGGUGGAGAGAGUGAACAUACAGCAUGGAGGUUCCUCAGAAAUGACUACACACCCAUCCACACAAGUACAAUAUUUUCUGAGUCCUCUGGGAAGUCCACGCACCUCCCCCGCCUGCCUGUGUGUCUCCCUGCUGGUCAGCUGACUGAGUAUGACCCCUCCAGUGGGUAACAUCACACAGAGAAGGCUGAACAGUAUAAAACAUAAAAAUAUUCAAUAAGAGAUGGGCAGCCAGGCUUUAAGGUUAGAAAUAAUGCUGGGACUCCGACUACGUGUGAAAAUGCCUGAACAUGAUGAUCCAGACAUCCCAGUCCUUAUUCUGUGUUCAUAUUAACCAGGACAUUAGCCCAGACGUACUCAUGCCUGCAUUUCCAUUGGAAGAGACGUGUUUAAAAUUAUAAGUGUCAGCCAAGAGGUGAAAGGGUUAAAAAAAAAAAAAAAAGCAACUCAACGCUUCUAUAUGAAUAAAUGGCAAACCACAGUGAAACUGAAUGAACCAGGGCUACAGGUGUCAGCAGGAAGAACUUCAGGGACGAUUAUUUGAUCAAAAGGUAAGGUACAGGAUGAAACAGCAUAUUGAUAAAUGUUCAUGAGUUUACUUGCAGGAAAUACAUAUUGUUAGAAGUAUACGCAUUACCAUUUGAAAAUGGUAAACAACAAAUUACCACAUGUUUUCCAGGAGGUGAUUGGAUCCAAUGUGAUUGGAUCAUGUUGAUUACACCAGAUUACUGUUAAGGAUCACCUGCCCUUAAGAAGAAGCUGGUGAGGAAAUGUCCCCACAGACAGUCCUCAGGCAUCCUGGCAGCUGUGUCACUUCCUGCAGAGUUUGUCAGCGCCCGCCUCUCUGAGAAUCUACUGACACACAGGAGGAGGACAGAAGGACUUCAGGGUGGUGUCCAGUACAAUUUUGGUCCUUGGUUUCCACAUCAAAAAAAUAGCCUAACUGGAGAAAUAGGCAUCUAUGUGGCUUUUGAUGUUGGAGUGGGGAUUCUGUAAGUUGUAAUUAUAUGUCUUAGGAGAGAAACUGAUAAAAUACAUGAGUCAAAUGCAAAUUAUUACGUGAUGUUCAAAUCCCCCUGAGUUGUGUAGAAUGUAAGCAGUUAUGGAAUCUAGUGUUUUGCUGAGGGCAAUCAAAGGCUAAAUAAUUUAUUUUUCAUUCUUCAUUCAAACAUAUACAUUUCACCCUUAUCAGAAACGAUUUUAAAAGUGGAACACUGAGGAUAAAGCAGUGAAUGGAACAGUCCACACCUUCAGCAGUGAGGCCCCCAGGCUGAAAGGGAGACAGCCUUUUUCUAUGUUAAGUUGUAGCUGGAAAUUACUUCCUCUCAGGUCAAAUGUGAUCAUCUGAAUUUUGAAGAGGAAAGCAUACCUUACUCCAGAUUUUUAAAUAUCAUGGCCAGAAGUUAGUGGUAGCAUUCUUGAAUCAUUCUUUAUUUUGAAUGUCUUAAAAACUGUUGUGUUUCUCUUAUCUACUGUAGUCUAUUGUGCUAACCUUCAUGAAGUCUCAAAAACAAGCCAUUCUUGAGUACACAUUGAUCUUCGACAUUUGUAAGUCCUUGUCUUGUCUAGGCAGGGUCCUAUUCUUGGAAAGGGUCAUCAUGGCAGAGGUAGGUAAGUGUCUCCUCAUGUGACACCACUUUGUGAAAAACAGAAAGCAGUUGUUGGUUUGGUUGGUGGUCAUUGAGGCUCUAUCUUCUCCACUUGUAGAGAAGUUGUGUGAGUGACAGCUCUCUCUGUGUUGACUUGACAUAUCUUCCCUUUUCACGUGAAAUGGAACAUCUAAGAAUUAAUACCUGAGCAAGGCUGACUGAAAGCUCCAAGGAGAUAAGUCAGAUGGCAAGUCAAUACAAACAGCAUCAGCAUCACUGACCCUCACAGGGGAGAAUGUGAUGAAGGACAGAGGGGACCUGUGGGACAGAGGGCUCUGCACAGGAGGAGGAAGAUACUAGAGUAAGUGGAGGCUUGAAUCUCUCAGGAUGAGCGGGAUCCACAGACUCCAGAAAGUGGUAUGUGCCUGGGAUGUUCUGCACGGGUAACUCAGUUUUACCAGCGCAUACAAUUAGCACGGCUUUGGAUCCCAUCAGCAGGCAGAUUGCUCAUUUAGAGUCUCCGAGGAGUGGCCUCACUUCCUAUUAUGUCUACUCUGGUGUUUAUCAGAUCUUGAAAUAUAUCUCAUUACUCUCUAAUCCUUCCUCCUAGUGUCCCUCUCUAACAUUUUCUGUGUCAGGGCCAUGCUGUCUUAAAUAUCCUAGCACCUAGUGGGCCACAUGCCUAUGUCCUCUCUUCAAAACCAAUAUUCAAAUCGCAAAAUAUGUCCUUAAAUUGCCUUUGAAAGCCGGCUGUGAUUUCUGCUGAUUUACUGAUCCUGUUGUCUUCCACCCACAGGUGCAAUGCAAGGACUGCAGAGCCUUUGGGAACACCACAGGAAGCCUGAGCUGCCCCAUGAAGUGGUAAGAUGGGGCUCUGUGUCCUUAGCCCUUGGGCCAAAUAAAGAGAGGAACUUGGAACCAAAGAGCCCUGGAAGCUCUGGAACUCAGGAUCCUCUAACAAGACUGAAAGAGAGAAGAAACAAAGAUGAAAGAAAGUGUGGAAGGUUGUAACCAAUCCUAGGUCAUUGUACCCUAAAGAUACUUUAUUUAGGCACCUCCCCACCAUGUGUACAGCCAUCUCCAGUAAAGGACCUCCACCCAGGAGGGAAAGAGACAAGAACCCCAUAUCCUUCAGGGGUCCGAACCAGGGAGAAGCUCAUUCCACUCUUUAAGAAACACUAAGAGGGAGAGAGAAGGGUACAAGUGGGACCUUUGCACAUCACAGACACAAAAACAAUAGCCUAAAUUAAUGGGGAAAACUGGCCAACUAUCUGCAGUUGAUCGAUGGGUCUGAGAUGAGGGACAGGGCAGUCCUAGCAGAGUUCACAAGACUUCAGUACUUGCCUCACCCUAAAACACUGAAGAAGACUGGACCCCAAGAAUUUUUAUUCCUGUUGUGGACAGGACAAAAAGAAUAGGCGAGAAUUGCAGCUGAGCUAGGCUUGUAACUUAGGAAUAUCCAAGGAGACUCCAAGGGAUAAAGCAAUAAAAUUGGAUGGAAUUGAUAGAACGUGGUGGCCAUCUGAGAGUGAGGCUCCAUUUCCCUUCUAAAUACCCUGGAAUUCCUGGUACACCUGCUCUUUUUCUCUUCUGGGUAACCUUGAAUUGCUUCACUCCCAGGCUUCUUCUGGGUGAUAAACUCCUUAAAAUUCCAUUCUCUCCAAUGAGACUCCAGUUUACUGGUGUAUCCUCAGUUGUCACCUUUCCUUCAAUCUUUCUUUGUCUAUGGUUACUUGUAUGGUUGUGAACACCAUGCUAGAGGGGGCAUAUGCAAAUGAUAAAUUAGAUGCCUCCAAAAACUAGAAUCCUAUAUGCAAGAAUAUCUUUUAAGUUGCAAUAAAUAGUCCCAAAUAGUCCAUCACACACAUUAAAAACAGCAUUAGCUCUGACAUUCCCAGACAGAAACAGCUUGUUUUGACUUGAUUAACAAGACAUAAUAUUUAAAAUGCUUACUUUUAGUAUGACAAAAUUAUAACAGGUUCAUAUUAUGAUUUAUUUUCUCCUCAACAUAACCGGGUUGAAUUUCUUUUCAUACUAAAAUGACCACUUGUAAUAAUUUUGCUGCUAAAUUUAUUUUUACCUGCUCUGCAGCUUUUAGUUUAGUUGACUUCCAUGUUCCAUUUAUUGAGAGGCAAUCCUAAUAUAUACUUUAGGAGCGGUGUCUUCUCUUACAGCAUCCUAGCAGACCAAUGCCCCUCCAAAUUCCAAGAGGAAAUCUGUCUUAGAUCCUGUUCUCACAGGUCAGCCAACUCUCAAGAAAAGUGCCAUGAGAUGCCCUUCUGUGUCUCCUAUCAAAAAACUUCAACUAAACUUCUUUUUGCCUACUGGAUAAGAUAGUCAAGGAGUGGAUACCACAGAUUCCCUCCAGCCUACAUUCUGGUACUUUGGUCAGGACUUUACCCUCCUUGUUAAGCUCACAGACAAAGUGCCUAAUGUUGGCUCCCAUGAUGCUCCCCAGGCUGCCACCAAAGUACUUGGCCAUGGCCCUGCCCUAAAUCCACAGGUUCAAGCCAAGUAUCCUAUUGUGAAAUCAAAGCCAAACUUACAACCUGCCACACCUAUAUUUGGCCAGGAAUCCAAACUCUGCAUCUUGGUAACAGACAAGAGAACUGCCUGGAUCUCCUUGCAAGAUUGCCCCUGUCAGACCUCCAGGAAAGAACUCACAAACACACAGCAUACUAUAACAAACCUGUAACCACACAGUAGUUGCUGAAUAAAGUUUGUUUAAUGUAAAAACAUAUCCUGUUUUCUGAAACUUGCCCUGCUCAGACUCUGUUUCUUCCUCUAUUCUUCUCUCAUUUACCUGAAGUUAAGCAAAUAAUGGAACCUUUGGGGGAGACCAUGGGUGAUCUUC